AUUUUGGCUCAAUCAGGAAGCCAGUUUCACUAUUAUAUCGCAUUUGUGAACUUUGUGCCACUUUAGUUAUUCAUACGGGCGGCUGAUUUAGUGUCCGUGUAAACGUAAGAGUAAAGGAUGGUUCGGGUGGUGUUCCUGCACCCUGAUCUGGGUAUAGGUGGAGCAGAACGUCUGGUGGUGGAUGCAGCUGUAGCUCUGCGCUCUCGUGGCUGCAAUGUGCAGAUCUGGACGGCACACUAUGACCCCCAGCACUGCUUUUCUGAGACUCUUUCACCUGACCUGCCUGUGGUGUGUGUGGGUGACUGGCUGCCCACCCGUGUGUUCGGUUAUUUCCACGCUCUGUGUGCAUACCUGCGUAUGAUCUAUGUUACGCUCUAUCUUGUGCUCUUCAGUGGCGAAGAGUUUGAUGUUGUCUUCUGUGAUCAGGUAUCAGCAUGUAUUCCCUUUUUGCGUUUGGCACGUCACAGGAAGAAAGUCCUGUUCUACUGUCAUUUCCCUGACCAGUUGUUGACUCAGCGUCGUUCUGCUCUAAAGCGACUGUAUCGUGCUCCUAUCGACUGGUUUGAGGAACUGACCACUGGCAUGUCAGACCGCAUUUUAGUCAACAGCCAGUUCACUGCUGGAGUCUUCCAACAGACUUUCCCCAAACUGGCCAACGUCCACACCGACGUCCUGUAUCCCUCUCUGAACUCGGCAGCUUUUGAUGGUGAAGUAGAGGGCCUUAGCGGGCUAAUCCCAGAGGGGAGGAGCUUCCUCUUUCUGUCAAUCAAUCGUUAUGAGCGCAAGAAGAACCUGCCGUUGGCGCUGCAAGCGUUAGCAGCUCUAAAGGCACGUCUCUCUGCGGGCGAGUGGGAGUGCGUACACCUCGUGAUGGCGGGCGGUUAUGAUGAACGUGUGGCUGAGAACGUAGAGCACUACGAAGAGCUGCGCUCGCUAGCGUCCUCUCUUGGCCUGGAAGACCAUGUGACCUUCCUGCGCUCCUUCUCCGACAAACAGAAAUUGUCAUUGCUGCACAGUAGCACUUGUGUACUGUACACACCCAGCAACGAGCAUUUCGGAAUUGUACCCAUAGAAGCCAUGUACUUGCGUUGCCCGGUUAUUGCGGUCAACUCGGGUGGACCGCUAGAGUCUGUGGCACACAGUGAAACGGGCUUCUUGUGCGAACCCACCCCUGAGCGGUUCUCUGAGGCCAUGCGGAAGUUUGUUACGAACCCUAAACUCAAGCAGCGUAUGGGACAGGCUGGCAGAGAGCGAGUCCAUCAGCGCUUCUCACUACGGGCCUUUACUGAACAGCUCUACAGUCACAUCACCCAACUUACCCAAUAACACUCUGUCAUCAUAUGCUUUAUAACAUUAUGACUCUUUGCUCCGGAGCAGCACACGGAUCCAUUCUGGUCUGGUUGCCAUGGAGGGCCUAAUGAAAGUAUGUAGUCUCUAAUGAAUGAAAAGAGCAGUGCGCGUGUUUGGAGAUAACUUGACUUAAGAGUGCAGCCAAGAGGACAAUACCAGCCGUGGUCCGGGCUGCGCGAGAAUGUGGAGAACUCGUCUGACUGAGAGGUUAAUGAAUUAUGGUGUGCUGGACACAUUGAUCAAGUGUGUCAUGACAGGCCUGAGGACUGUGCGUGUGUAUUUUAUACCACAGGACCAUUAGAGAGUUUCUUGGGGAGAAAUCGAUAGAGAAGUUUUCUUCGUUCUGCAGUGUCUCUUCUUUUGUUUAGUGAUAACAAUGGAGGACAUUACGAGUUAUUUCAGUCUCAAGCUAUAGAUGCUUCUAACAAGUUAGUUUGAGGACACUAAAGAGAAAGUUUGCUUAGGACACUGAAGGUCAUAUGCUGUAUUGGGUUUGAGGUUGUUACUGGCUGUUUGUUUCUCCUGCUAUUGAUAUGAGACCAAAGCUCUGAUUAAAUGAGAUGCUGCAUCGUG